AGGGGCGGAGCUUGCAGCAGCUCGGGCGUAGAACGCAGGCGCGGCUUCUCUGCCAUGGCCGACAACCUGUACCGAACCCGGCGGGUUUAUCCCCCAUCUGUGCUGUUUCUGCACCCAGACCUGGGCGUGGGCGGUGCGGAGCGGGUGGUGCUGGACGCGGCCCUAGCCCUGCAGGAGUACGGCUGUGACGUGAAGAUAUGGACGGCGCACUACGACCCAUGCCACUGCUUCAUCGAGAGCCGCGAGCUCCCGGUGCACUGCGCCGGGGACUGGCUGCCUCGCAGCCUGGGCUGGGGCGGCCGCGGCGCCGCCAUCUGCGCCUACGUGCGCAUGGUCUUUCUGGCGCUCUACGUGAUAUUUCUCUCCGGCGAGGAGUUCGAUGUGGUGGUGUGCGACCAGGUGUCUGCCUGCAUCCCAGUGUUCAAACUGACCAGACGGCGUAAGAGGGUCAUAUUUUACUGUCACUUCCCGGAUCUGCUGCUUUCCCAGAGAAAUUCUGCUCUGAAGCGGUUCUACAGGGUCCCCAUUGACUGGAUCGAGGAAUACACCACAGGCAUGGCAGAUCGCAUCUUGGUCAACAGCCAGUACACAGCUUCCGUCUUUAAGGAAACCUUCAAGACCCUGUCUCACAGAAACCCUGAUGUACUCUACCCGUCUCUGAAUAUCGCCAGCUUUGACUUGGCUGUUCCUGACAAGCUGGGUGACCUACACCCUAAGGGGAAACAAUUCCUGUUCCUCUCUAUCAACAGAUAUGAAAGGAAGAAAAAUCUGCCCUUGGCACUGAGCGCCCUCGUCCAGCUUCGUAGUCGGUUGCCAUCUCAAGACUGGGAGAGGGUUCAUCUGUUCAUGGCCGGUGGUUACGACGAUCGAAUCCUGGAGAACGUGGAACACUAUAAGGAGCUGAAGAAAAUAGUGCAGCAGUCAGACCUUGAGCGGCAUGUGACCUUCCUGCGGUCCUUCUCAGACAGACAGAAGAUCUCGCUCCUCCACGCCUGUUUAUGUGUGCUUUACACUCCAAGCAAUGAGCACUUCGGCAUCGUCCCUCUGGAAGCCAUGUACAUGCAGUGCCCAGUCAUUGCUGUUAAUUCGGGUGGGCCCUUGGAGACUGUUGUCCAUAAGGUCACAGGAUUUCUGUGUGAGCCUGACCCAGUGCACUUCUCAGAAGCAAUGGAAAAGUUCAUCUACAAACCAUCCUUAAAAUCUACAAUGGGCCUAGCUGGAAAAGCCAGGGUGGCGGAGAAGUUUUCUGCUGAGGCGUUUGCAGAUCAGCUGUUUGAUUAUGUCACCCAGCUGGUGUAGUCAGGAGAGUAUACUGUAGGGUCUGUAUGCUACUUGCCCUGCAAUCCUUCUUAUGGGUUGUAGAAGCACUUUUGAAACCAAAAAAAGGAGCUAGAAUCUAGUGCUAGUGAGAUCAUUUUUUUUUUUUAAAGUAGACUUGAGUCCUGAAUGUGAACCUCCUGUCCAGUAGCCUACCUGUUAUUCUCUGAAAAUAUCCUUAAUGCUGUAAUCAUUCCAAAUCUCAUCAGUGUUAUUGAAAGAAUGGUAGAAAUCUGCUGCCGGCAGACUAUUUUAAUUCUAUUUUUCUGGAUUAUUGUCCCUUUAUAUAUAAAGGUUUAAUCAUCCAGUGCCUUAAUUGGCUUUACUAGUUUAGGUCUGACCAUUAUUACAGUCGAUUGAUUUGACUUCAGAGUGUGACAGGAACGAGGCCUCUGUGGUUCCCACACUCAGUGUAUUUAAAGUGUCUCUAGUAGCUGCUAGGAAAUUUUUGUUUGAAUUUUGCCUGGAUCUGUAGCAAGAGUGCUCAGUAUUAUUUAUUGGUUUUUGUACUUUUGUUUUCUUACUGCAACACAAUAAAAGAUGUUUGGCAUAGGAAAAGACUGGAAUAUUAGGUCUGGGCCUCCAUGCUCUGCUUUCAUCUUGUUAAAUAACUAACCCAGAAGUCAGAAGACUACGGUAAACAAGACAGUUGACAUGGAGAAGAAAUAUUAUCAUAUAUGUUUUGGCUUACUGUGUCAGAGAUUGCCCAUGUUUGGCCUUAUUUCUUUGAGCCUGUGAAAGGACAGUGUAUAAAAAAGAGACAGAAAGGGUCCAAUAUCCCUUUCUUGAGAAUGCCCCUUAAUGACCUAAUUUCCUUCCACUAGCCCUACCUACUAAAAGCCCUGUCAUCGCUCAGUAACAACAUGGACUGGGGACCAAGCUUCAGGGCACAGGCCUUUGGUGGAUGUAUUAGUCAGGGUUCUCUAGAAGAACAAACAACACUUACAGAAUGAAUUCCCAGAAAAAAGAAAUUUAUUAAAUUGACUUAUAGACUGUGGUCUUACUUAUCCAACAAUGGCUAUAAACAGAAAGUCCAAGAAUUCAGUAGUUGCUCAGUCCAUGAGGCUGGGUGUUUCGGCUGGUCCUCCUAAAGAAGUAGACUCUUAAUGCCAGUGAAGGAAUGUACUUGCUAACAAGUCGAGGACAAGCAAGCAAAGAGCAAAAGCUUCCUUCCACCAAGCCGUUAUAUAGGCUUCCAGCAGAAGGUGUGGCCCAGGUUAGAGCCUCAAGAUUGAGAUUAAAGGAGAAUCUACCAACUUCAAGUUAAGCAAAAAAAUCCCUCCCAGACGCGCUCUCAGUUUUGGAUUUUAGUCCAGAUGUAGCCAAGUUGACAACCAAGAAUGGCCACCACAGAGGACAUUGAGCUUAUAAAGUGUCCGAGGAUCAUGUUUCAGACGUGUUUCUUGAUGUCAUCUGAGUCUCCAGCUCUUAGUGUUUGUGCCGUAUUCUGUAUGGAAUUUAGCAUGCCAGUGUUCCCGGUCUGUCCCUGAAAUGCCUUUGUGUGAAGCUUGCUUGGCCCUCCACUUGCCCCUCAACUUCCAUAUGCCUGUGACACUGCCCAGUCAUAACUGUUCAUUGUUUACCUGUUGCUUGUAAGUGCAAAUAUUAAAGUAAUUUUCAAUUGGAUUUAGCCUUUAAAGCUAAAUUCACCUGUAAGAAUAUAAUAAA